AUGUUGAACUAUGAACCACUUCCGGACUUGGGAGACACCAAGCCCACUGACAUGGAUAAUUCUUUGCUUUCGGACUGGGAUUUUAUGUCACAUUGUGAAGAGAUGGCUCUGACCGAAGCACUCGCAAAUCCUGAAACAAGUCAAGAAACUGGUCCACCAGGAAUCAAUUCCACUGAAAAUGGGGUGCUCUAUGACAGUGUGCAAGAAACUAUUGCGCAAGCCCGCGAGAGACUUCAAGAAAGAAUGGGUGCUGUUGCUCCCCAUCAAACCGCCGAUUCUAGCAGCAUAGGUCAAGCAGUUGGCAUAAAUGAGGAUGCUGACCGCUCUUUGGACUUUGAUACCGAAUUCUCUCCGGGCCCUCCCGAGACCGGCGAAAUGUUCGAACAAUUCAGAUCAGAUUUCGAGGCAAAGGCGAACCCUACUUUGGAGGAGGAGAUUUUGUUUCAGAAGGCGCAAAAUAAGGAGUCCCGGCGGCUCAAUCGGCAGAGGAACCAGACGGAUAGCCAGGAAGAGAAGCCCGCAUAUACCGAACCAGCUUUCGCUGAUUUGAAUUCACUCCCUGUGCUGGGUUCAAUGGAAGAUCAAUACCAGCUGUUCUGCUCUGACGACGAUCGCAAAAAUUCCACUCCGGGUCAGACUGAUGAUAAUAUCCCCCAAAAUAUAACUAGGAACCGAAAAGCCGCAGGUAGAAAGCCAAACCCUCAAAAUAAAAUCGCCUCCAAAGACAAACGGCGCUACGCAGCUUCUGGGUUUGAUGCAUUUCAAGAGAGUCAUAACAAGAAGGUAAGAUACUACGAAUUCGCUUUGCCUAGUGUCACUAAUCAUUCGAGGAAACCAAAGGGUAAGGGCGCUGUCCGGAAGCGCGUCGCUAGACCCUCCAAAGGCAAUCAAAAGAUAUCAAAUAAGGUGAAGCAGCAGAGGAGGCGCCAAGCUAUGAAUAUGAAUUUUGAGAGCCUUUUCUCUGCAAAUGUGAUCCAAAGCGCAAAAGCAAAUAUAUCCAAACAGGAAAUCCCAAAGUUUUCUGCGAAGGCCAAAGAUAAAGCUCUGAAGGAGCUUAUUGCAAAUGUUCCCCAUGCGGACCCUGCAGUCAUCAGAACAGAUAGGCAAGAAAUCAUGUCUGCCAUUGUUAAAUUUACCAAACGACCUAAGGCAGAUGGAAAAGGUAGCUGGUUGCAUCCAGACAUGAAGACCAGUCUAUUUCAUUACCAGUUGAUAGGUGUUGGUUUUAUGCGCGACCGUGAAAAUUCCUCUGUUGCGCCGUUUGGUGGUUUUCUCUGUGACGAAAUGGGAUUUGGCAAGACAAUACAGGCUAUUGCAACCAUGGUGGAUGGCCAACCAAGCCCAGAAGAUGCCUCAAAGAUCACAUUAAUUGUCGUUCCACCCCAUCUAGUCGAUCAUUGGAUGUCCCAAUUAAAAGAACACUGUAAACCUCAUGUCUUAGGGGCCAUUCUUCGUCACCACGCAGCAGAAAAGAUUUCCGAAGAUGUUUUCACUUAUUGUCUGGGUGGCACUGGUGUUAUACUCACUACCUAUACCGAAGUGCGCAAAUCAUACCCAGAAUUUGAAAUAUCCCCAGAAAUAGUCAAGGACAGUGAAAAGCAAACUGCAUGGAGGAACCAAUUUUACAACAACUGUGGAAUUAUCCAUCGAAUCAAUUUUCACAGAAUUAUCCUAGACGAAGCCCACGAGAUCAAGAAUCAUUUGUCUAAAACCAGCAUGGCGGACGGCACAGCAAAUCAUGGAAGACUUGCUAGUCUCUUGCGAGCGUAUAUGUUGCGCCGGACACAUGAAGAAACCCUUUUUGGCCUCCCAAUUUUGAAACUUCCAGACGUGGAUGAGUGCACUAUUACAAUACAGUUCAGUAAAAUAGAAAGGCUUAUAUACGAGGAAAUCGCAAGGUUUCUCGUCAACCAAUACAUGUGCAUGGAUGAGGAGAGUGGAAAAUAUACGGGAAAAUGGGUGCUACUUCAAAAGCUUCGCAUGUAUACAAGUCACUUGCUUCUAGCCCACAGCAUGCUGAAAGACAUUCUGACUGAUACAAUGAUGGAGAACUUGCGUUUAUCUGUUGGAUCUGAUGCUACGGCAACCGAUGUUGAGAUUUUUAACCUCCUCAAUUGGAUUACAAAGGCCAAGGCUCUUCCCUCUGUCGACGAGGCAAUGGAGGCGAAAUUUAUAGCAUCAUCUCUACCCCGCUGCACUGCAGAGAUAGUCCAAACCUUCGGAGACUUUUUGAAUUCUUCAAGCUCAGACUCUGGCUUGCAUAUGUGUAAGAAAUGCAAAUCUUCUCCGUAUAUGGCGUACAUUAUGCCCUGCAUGCACAUUUAUUGCAAGGCCUGCUUCCCGCUUUUACCGAAAUAUGAAUACGCAGCACAUUGUGUGUGCGGCGAAAGAGCCCAGGACGUUGCUUUCUGCCCUGCCAUUCCCAGCCUCUACAAGGUCUUUGAUCGCAAGAAAACGGCAUAUUUGAGCCAUAUUGGACCCUCGCUGGUGCCCACUAUUCCUGUUGACAACUGGGUAACUGCUGCCGGCCAUCUGAUGCCCAGUGCCAAACUCACUGCAAUACAUUCCUGCGUAGCUGCAUGGAUUAAUGGCUCUCCGGACACGAAAAUUGUGAUAUUCACCCAAUUUCUAGGUAUGGUUACUAUUCUUUCGGAGAUGUGUUUCAAAGAAGGGUGGGGGUUUGCAACGAUCACUGGAAGCACCCCGGCUUCUGAAAGGCAUCGAGACAUUGAAGAUUUUCGGAAUGACCCCUCUGUUCGUGUUGUAAUCUCAUCACUCAAAGCAGGAGGGACAGGCUUAAGCCUUACAAUGGCGCAUAAAUGUAUUCUUGUUGAUUUAUGGUGGAAUGAAGCCAUUGAACAACAGGCGUUUUGUCGCCUUUUCAGAUACGGCCAGAAAAAAGAUGUGGAGAUAGUCAGAAUUACGGUCGAGAACAGCAUCGAUGACCGUAUUCAACUCAUCCAGAAAUUUAAGACGACUAAUAUUGAAAAAACAAUGGGUGCAGAUGUCCUUGCAUUUAGGGAUACACUCGAAGAUAUUUUGAAGAUUUUUGGAGUCUCUCCGGAUACAGAUUCCAAAGACAGUUUUGUCUGUAUUCCAUAA